GAACGGGUUCAUUCAUGGACGGAACCGGAAACCUGGCAUUUCCGGGUUGAGGAAGAAGAUUCGACUUUUGGGAGUCGUUGACAGUAGAGCAAUCUUCUUCAGUCUCAUCCUCAUUCGCCUAUCUAGCCAAGGUCAUGUCUGAACCAGUGAAGGCCAGCUCCGGCACGAGGGACCCGAGGGACCACAGUCACCGCUCAGUAGACGGUCGUCCAUUCUCUCACCAUUCAGCUGCAUCCGAUGACCAUACAGUCACUUCAUUGGAUGACCACCACGCACUCUCACAUCAUUCAGACACAGGUGGUGCCAAUGGGCAUGCGCACUCAGAUCUUCCAUUUGACGGCCAUAUACACACGUAUAUUCCAGACAUGGACGAGGACAGGAUCUACAUGGACUAUAACGCCACCACCCCACUGGAGCCACAGGUGAUCCAGGCUGUUACUGAAGCCCUGCACGAGGCCUGGGGAAACCCUAGUAGUACCUACACACCAGGAGUGAAAGCAAAGAAGAUCAUUACCCAGGCGAGAGAGAAUGUGGCUAGAAUGGUGGGGGGGAAAGCAGAUGACAUCAUCUUCACCUCUGGUGGGACUGAGGCCAAUAACCUGGUGUUCCACAGUGCCCUGGAGGCCUACAGAGAGAGCUGCAGGACAGCAGAGCAGAGAGGGGAGAGACAUCGCCGUGAGAACAGCGGAACCUCAGCCUGGCCUCUACCUCAUAUCCUCGUCUCUAACGUAGAGCAUGACUCUGUCAGACUGACCGCUGAACACCUGCUGAAGGACGCCACGGCAGACGUGACGUCAGUGCCGGUUUCCAAGUUGACGGGGAGGGUGGAGGUGGAGGAUGUGUUGGCUGCUGUCCGCCCCUCCACCUGUCUCAUCUCUAUCAUGAUGGCUAACAACGAGACAGGAGUCCUAAUGCCAAUCAGAGAGCUCUGUCAGAGGGUCAGCUUUGUCAACAGACAGCGUCAACAUAGAAUCCUCCUGCACACUGACGCGGCCCAGGCCAUAGGCAAGGUGCGGGUCGACGCCCGUGACCUGGGAGUGGAUUACCUCACCAUUGUAGGACACAAGUUCUAUGCACCGAGGGUGGGAGCGUUGUAUGUGAACGGCCCAGGAACAACCACACCCCUCUACCCCAUGUUGUUUGGAGGGGGACAGGAGAGGAACUUCAGACCAGGCACUGAGAACACACCAAUGAUCGCUGGCCUUGGAAAGGCAGCAGAGCUGGUGAACUCUAACCUGACUGAGUAUGAAACUCAUAUGCUGGAUACAAGGGACUACCUGGAGGAACAACUAGAGGCGAUCUUUGGGAGAGAGAGGAUCCAUUUCAACAGUCAUUUCCCUGACUCCGAGACCCUACCCAAUACCUGUAAUGUGUCUAUUCUGGGUGCUGGACUACAGGGGAGGAAGGUGUUGUCCAGCUGUAGAAGACUGCUGGCCAGUGUUGGGGCUGCAUGCCAUUCACACAGAGGAGACAGGCCCUCCCAUAUCCUGCUGAGCUGUGGCAUCCCUGAAGAGGUGGCAGCUAAUGCCCUGAGGCUGAGUGUGGGGAGAGGGACCAGCCGGGCUGAGGUAGGCCUGGUAGUGGAGGAUCUGAAGAAUGCUGUCGAGAGGCUGGAGGGGCUCAACUGAUCAACGUUGAUUGUAAUUGUUUGACCUAUCGGUUGAUUGAUCUACAGAAUGUACACCUUUGUGAAAGGUGUUUUGUUGUUGUUUGUUUGUAGCAUGCACCAUGCGUGUAGACCACAUUUAUACUUUUAGUACUUCUUAUUCAUUUCAUUCAGGAGAAAAUGUUUCCAAUGUUUAAGACUGAAAAAAAUGUACUCAAACUUGACUUGAAUGAUGUGAAAUAGAUGGAUGGCUUUACUGGGGUGGCAGGGUAGCCUAGCGGUUAGAGCGUUGGACUAGUAACCGAAAGGUUGCAAGUUCAAACCCCCGAGCCGACAAGGUACAAAAUCUGUCUUUCUGCCCCUGAACAAGGCAGUUAACCCACUGUUCCUAGGUUGCCAUUGAAAAUAAGAAUUUGUUCUUAACUGACUUGCCUAGUUAAAUAAAGGUAAAAUAAAUAUUUAAAAUGGCGCUUGCUGUCAGUCGUCAGCUUCGCUGGCUAAUCAGAGGAGCUAACAGAAACUCCAUGUGAAUUGCGUUUAUUAAAGUUGUCGAUAGUUUGUAAAAAUGCUUUCUCAAAAUAAAGCAUUGGUAUAUCUAA